AUGUGUCAUAAAUAUUUAAAAGUCGACUUUGGACCCAAGAUCAACUUUGUUAUUGGACAUAACGGAAGUGCACUUACGAUUGCUCUUGGGGCCAAUGCUAGUAUGACCAAUCGUGCAAAGACAGUCUCUUCACUGAUCAAAGAAGGCACAAAUGCUGCAAUCAUCACUAUUCAUAUUACCAACCGCGGAGAACACGCAUAUAAACCAGAUAUAUUUCCUGAUUAUAUCAUUGUCGAACGUAGACUCAACCGUGACGGUGCCUCACCUUACAAGAUCAAGAACUCUUCUGGCAGAGUUAUUUCAACAAAAAAGGAGGAUUUGGUUGCUAUUUUGGAUCAUAUGAAUAUUAUGGUCAAUAACCCACUUGUUGUCUUGACUCAGGACAUGGCUAGAAAAUUUCUUAGCGACAGUUCUUCUGAAGACAAGUAUAGACUUUUUAUGCACGGCACACAGUUAACACAGUUACGAAAUGAUUUUGACAGCGUACGUGAGAGUCUGGAGACAGCAAUGAAAACGAUCGAACGUAAGAAGCAAGCCUUACCUGCUUUGUUGGAGAGAGCCAAUGAGGCAGCACGACGACAACAGGAUAUUCAGGAAGCCAAGGAGAUAGACAGUAAGAUUGAUGCAUUGAAUAAUGAACUUGUUUGGUCACAGAUCAUUGCAAAAGAAAAAGAAGCUGCUCAACUCAAAAGGGAUGUUGAAUUAUUAGAAAGGACUUACAAAGAGUCUCAAGAAAGACAUGAGACAAAAAGUAAGAGCCGAUUGGGAAGAGUUUAA